AUGCCGGUAUGUGCAAGUUUCAACGACACGGCCCGAUUGUAUCGUGACGUAUUCGAGCCGUACAACCGGAGAAUCCGGCCCGUACUGAACCAAACAAGCCCCAUCCCAGUCUACGUGCGCUUCUAUUUGAUCCACCUCCUCAGUAUCGUUGAGCUGCAACAGAAACUCGAGUUCAACGCAUGGGUCAACUUCACGUGGGUGGACGAGCUCCGAACCUGGGACCCUAAAAACUAUGAUGGAAUAAACAUGGUCCAUCCCGAGCCCCUGGACAUCUGGCGGCCCAGGACACUCGUGUCAAACUCUGUCAUCGCCAGAGAUAUUUUCCUCGACGAUUAUUCCCCGGUCACCGUCUACUUUAACGGAGUUUCCCGAUGGUAUCCGGGCGGGAUUUUCUCGGCCUCCUGCAUUCUUGACAUCACGUGUUUCCCGUUUGACGAGCAGUCUUGCUACAUUGAGAUAUUUGCCAAUGACUAUUCAGAAGAAAUUGAGUUCAUACCAACAUUUCCUUACGUCAUCAACAACACGUACAUCUCCAACGGCGAGUGGGACCUUGUAGCGUCCACCAUCAGCACUGAUCACCCAGUGUACGGUGACGAGGUCUUCACUCGCCUCACCGUGUCCAUGACCUUCAAAAGACGACCCGAAUUCUACCUGGUCAACGUCUUGAUCCCCGUCAUCUUCAUGUCCGUCUUGUCGUCCUUCGUCUUCGUCCUGCCCGACGAGUGCGGCGAACGUGCGUCCUUCUCCAUCACGGUCCUGCUGUCGCUCUCAGUCUUUAUGGGCAUCGUGUCGGGCCAACUGCCGCACAACUCCGACACGUUUCCAAUCAUCAUCACAUACUUGUUUUUCCUGCUGCUGCAUAAUGGCUUGUGUGUUGUCUUUAGCGUCUGUCAGCUGCGACUCAUCCAGCUCAACGUCUUGAAAAGUGCAGGUUUCAAACAAAUGGAAAUCUCCCAGCAUUCACCGUAUAAAAUAUCGUCCAGAACAUACAAACUCUCAACGCCAGAUACCCCUGGUAAACGUCACAGGGACAACUCAAUCCAACAUUUUGCUCAGCCUUUUCUUGGGAAGAUUUUUCAAGACAAGACAGGCGAUGGUAACCGUAGGCCAAAACAUGAGACCAUUUCAAAACAUGAGACCAUCUCAAAACAUGAGACCAUCUUAGAGUUUCCCAAACACGGCGAUGACUUGGACUCUACCCCGGCAGACAAGGAGUCAAAUUUUCGCUCCAAAUUCAAAGUGUACGUGUGCUCAAACAAAACUGCCGAGAAAAACGCCAUUUACCAUCGUUUGAAAGGUCUGCUGGCCUUUUGCAGGAAAUGGUUUUUUAGGGGCAGCGUGUGUCUUUUUCUAUUUUCUAACGUAGCGUGGAUCGUCAUCUCAACUUACUUUUUAUAUCGGCUGGGUACUCAGUGCUAG